UGCCGACACGUGGCAGUGGGAUCCUUGCGCGACUCGACAUGGCCACCACCUUGGUGCUCCUGCUCGCCGCGGCCGCCGUGGCGGUCGUAGGUGUCGCCGGCACUGCCCCGCGAACGCUGAAGCCCAAGGCGCACCCGCUGCUGGGCGCCAGCCUGGGUGCCGCGGCCGACGCCACGCAGGACUGCCAGAGCCAGCUCGCCCGCUGCACCGACUGCACCACGCUGCUGACGUGCACGCGGCUCGGCGCAGUGUACCGCCCGCUCACGACCACCGCGUGCUCCGGCACCACGCCGUACUGCUCCAACGGCGCGUGCGUGGCCGCCUUGCCCGACAACUGCAGCGCGGAGCCCGCCGCCGACACGACCUUCACGUGCAACGGCGACGGCUACUUCCCGUCGCCCUCCGACUGCAAGAAGUACUACCUGUGCGCCAACAACCAGGCCUACGCGUACGACUGCACGCCGUACUCCAACACGGUCUUCAGCUACGAGAAGGCUCUAUGCGUGCCCAAGUCCCAGGCCACGUGCAACACGGUGACCUGCAACAACAACAACGUGGGCACCUACCAGCAGUGGAGCAGCGAGCACAGCGUGUACUUCGUGUGCACCGACAACAACGCCGCGCACGCCUACGUGGCGGACUGCGGCGCCAACCACGCCAUCACGGCGGACGGGGACUGCGCCCUGGCGUGCCUGCGCGAGGGCCGCCUCCCCGACGAGUCCAGCCCGGACAGGUACUUCGAGUGCAUCCAGACGGCCACCAACACCUUCACCGACCCCAUCCCCGGCACCUGCCCCGCCGGCACCACCUUCGACGCCUGCUCGGAGCGCUGCGUCAGCACCGGCAGCAGCGGCAGCAGCGAUCAGCCCGACGACAGUGGGCACGACACGUACGCGCCGAGCGACUCGGUGCCGGAGAGUCUGUACCAACUCCCCGCCGACCUGAAGAUCGGCACGGCCACGGCGGCCUACCAGAUCGAGGGGGCCUGGAACGUGAGCGGCAAGUCCCCCAGCAUCUGGGACGUGUUCUUCCACAGCCGGCCGGGGAUGGACAACGGCGACGUGGCGGACGACUCGUACCACAAGUGGCAGGAGGACGUCCAACUGCUGGUGGACCUCGGCGUUGACAUGUAUCGCUUCUCCCUGGCAUGGACGAGGGUGCUGCCUGGAGGCAGUCAGGCCAACGGCGCUAACCAGGACGGAGUUGACUACUACAACAACCUCAUCAACACAUUGAUCAGCAAUAAUAUCGAGCCUGUGAUCACUAUCCACCACUGGGACAUUCCGCAAAUCUACCAAGACGAAGGUGGCUGGAUGACGGCAGCUAUCCAGGACCACUUUGUAGACUUCGCCGACUUCGCGUUCAAGACAUUCGGCGAUAGGGUCAAGACGUGGAUUCUCAUGAACGAGCCGAACAUCUUUUGCAACAACGCUUACGAAGGUAGCAAUUUCGCUCCUGGCCUCGGCCUAACGGGCACUGGCGGAUACGGCUGCGUUCACAACCAGAUCCUGGCCCACGCCAAGGCCUACCACCUGUACAACGACACUUACAGAGCGACUCAACAAGGCCAAGUCGGCAGCUCGCUUGAUCUCGAGUACCAAGCAGCCGCUUCGACCAAUCCCGAAGAUGUGGAGGCUGCCGAGAGAGCCAACACCUUCUCUUACGCCUGGUUCUUCGACCCGGUCACGGUGGGCGACUACCCCGCCGUCAUGAGGGAGGUCGUUGACAGGAACAGCUUCGGCAACGGGCUCACGGUGUCCAGGCUGCCCACCUUCACCGCCGAAGAGAAGCGGAUUCUCCCAGGGACCGUGGACUUCCUCGGGGUGAACCACUACGGCACCACCACCAUAGCGGCGGGCACCGCCACCUCUGCUGUCACCUCCGCCUCCAUCACCAACGACACCAACGUCAGCUCCAAGGGCUACUCUCGCACGGCCCCGUGGGGUCUCAGGGGCGCCCUCAACUGGAUCAAGAACAGGUACAACAACUUACCAAUCCUGAUCUCCGAAAACGGCCACAGCGGUCCCGCGGACGAGGGCCUGAACGAUCCCGACCGAGAGCGCUACUACAGCGCUGGAGAGCUAAAGUUGGGUUUCCCCUACGUCUUCACAGGGGUGCAGAAAGUCAGCACUAAGUUUGGCAUGCGGGUGCGCGUUGACAUGGUGGACCACUCGCUACUGGAAAAGAACAGAGUGCAUUUCUUUGCGGGAGGGAGAUUCAACAACAUGACCGACGAUGAAAUUGCCUCACUUCAAAAACACGGCCCACACAAACAAGUGCUGGUCUAUGAGGGCGUGCUGAGCGGAACGUGCGUCUAUAAUCUGCACAAGGUGGAAAAGUUUGAGAGAGAACUCGCCAGGAUUAAGAGAGAGGCCGUGAUGCCAACCCCAGAGCCGUACGUCCCCUUCGUACGGGCCGAGCCGAACGAAGCAGCUGCCGCAGCCCCCGCUGCCCCCUCUGCUCCACCGCUACCCGCCGCUUUUGACCCGCAGGCACUGGCUAGUAUCAUCUCAGCAUCUGUUGCUGCAGCAAUGAAGAAACGGGAGUUGUCGCCCGAGCCCAGCCCCACUACACCACCUGCUAAGAAGCCUCGCAAGAGUCCCCCAAAGCGAAAACCAGCAGCAAAGAAGGUGACUGAAACAUUGUCUCUGGACAGUGACAGCGACACCGAGAAUGCGUCUGAAGGCGCGCCUAUCGAAACUGCACCUACCGGAUCGGGGAAGAAACGUCAGCAAGCCGCCCCAAAGAAAAAGCCAUCAGGAAAAAAGGUUGGUUACACGGUGACUCUUGACUGUGAAAGUGACAGCGACAUCGCGUCUGAAAAUGCAAGCUCCAAGAAGACUCAAGCAAAGAAGAAGCCUGCCACUUGCACCAAAGUUGUCGACUCAGAACAUGACACUGACGGUGAACUUGACAACUGGAGUGUGUGACUACAACACGCCCAACAGACAAGUGAGUUUGACGAGGGAAAAUCAGUGCGUUGCCCCAGCUGUGCUCAAACUUACAGCUCAAGUCAAGGUU